UGCCUUCGCCCCUGCACAUAUAUAAAGCUCAGUUUCUAUUCGGACCUCACAUCGACUAGGAUCAGUUAGCCAUCCAAAAAGAAGAAGAAAAUUCUCUGUAUAUAAUUUCACAACUACUUACUGGUUAACAAAAAUACUGUUUCCUUGUCCAUUGGUAUGGCUGUGCUAUGUGGAAUUUCCAAAGAUAUAAUGACGUUUGUAUAAUAUUGAUAAGUGUUAUUAUUAUAUACGGUGGGGAAAUUAUAGAAUCCUUAGCAUUUCUGUAUUUGGUAUAUAUGGGGCUUGUACGUUUGCCAUAUUUGUGACGGCAUGCGUACGUACCAUACAUGUUUAAGACAAGGAUUUGAUAUUUUUGGAAAUGUUUAUAUUAGACAGCGAUUGAUCAUAUAAUAAUUCAAACUUAUCACAUGAUAAUACAUGCAUGUCGUGUCAAACGAACGGCGUGCAAAGUGCAAACUAAUGAGAAAAAAAGAAGUUAAUCUGUCUGAUUAAAACGGUGGUUUAGUCUAGGUUACUGAAAGUGACAUUUGCACUCUGAAUCAUACAAGCACGAUCAAGCAAUCUUAGUUUAGAUGAAAAAUAUAUAAAGGAGUUUCUUAGGAUUAGAGUCAGUCAUAACAAAAAAUAGCAGUAAAAAAUGCAAUAAUACUGUUAGAAAUAGCAAAAAUGCAAUAAUACUGUUAGAAAAUAGCAAAUAUUUGAAAGCCUUUUAUUAAAACAAAAAGCAAAUAUGCAUUUAACAUAUGUAUAAAAGGACCUAGAAAAUAGCCAACCAUGCAUGUUAUAACAAUGUGUUAUGAAUUUAUGGAACAAACAUCAAAUUUAUUGGUUAGCUUAGACAUGGUAACAUUUUCUUGGUGAUCAUAGCCAUGGUAACAUGUUUUUCAAAAUCGUAAUUAUAUUCUGGUCAUAUCUUUGACCCUUGAUUAUUCAACGUAAUCAUCUGGAUACAAACUUGUCGUAAUGAUAUCGUAACAAUAACGUCUUGCAGACUCGUUCGUGGACCAUUUAUAAGUACCAUAUUUGCGUGAAUGUGAAAGGCUUGGGGAUUCGAUGGGCCCCAUACUGAUAAACGUCUUACAAUCUCAAACGCCGUCGUUCUAUAGUUCGAGUGCAUGACCAUUGACAGUUACCAUUUUUCAAAUACUAAUCAAUGGAAAAAGGGGAGCGCCGAGGAUAUUAUAUUUUUUUAUGAAACCCUAAAAAUGUCAAAACUGUUAGCUGUCAAGAAUCGUUUUCAAAUUUAAUUAGGGGUUGACAAUGAGGAUCGGAGCGGAUCAGUUAUACUGUCACGUGAAAUUUACUUGAAAUGUCACGAUUUCCAUUUAUUUUUACCGUUGUGGCCUUGUGGGAUUAUCACGUCCAGUUCAAGAUAGACUGGGUUAUAUUCUUUUCACUCACUUUCUUCCCAUAAGUUUGAUUCGUAAGUAUUAUAUCUAGCUACUUGCAUAAUUUAACACUAUAAAAUUGAUGAUUUCCUUUACAUUAUACAUUACCAAGUAAAUCCUAUAUCUUAAAAAGUUUAUCAGGUCAUGAUAACAAAGAUUUUUAUUUUACAUCAAGCAAACGGGACGGCUAUAAAUUAUGAUAAGCCACAUGUGUUUGAUCUCUAUAAGUAUAUGUCGUCUCUCUAAAUUGAAUAAUUAUACGAAGAUUCCCAUAUUCCCGAAAGAAAGAUAUCCAAAGAUGUACUCUAGUCUCUAGAUAGAAAAUGUCUUCUUCUUUAAGGCGAUGAAAGUUAAUCAAGACGAAUGGACCUAGUAUGAAUAAAUAGAGAGACAUAUCGGUUCGGUACAAUAGUUGUAAAACUAAAAACACACAAAAACAAAAGACUAAUUGGCCUUGCUUUUUGUAUGGUGUUUUCUUUUGUGCCGUUUGCAACUUGCUAGUUAAUUCGUAUACAAGUAGACAAAUCUUGACAAAGAAAACAUGAGAAUUAAACUUCUUUCCUUCAUGGAAAAUCAGAAAAGUCAAACAUCUGGAAGAAAACCUUUUUUUUUCUCACAUGUCCAAAUUAAAUUAAAACAUACUACUAUAAACCAUUUAAUAAAAAUCAAUACCGCUAGGAGAAUAGUACUGUUACAAUGUUAUACGAAAUGUGAGAAGAUGAUCAGCCGCCAACACAGCCACACACGCGUUAUCUUCUUAAUUUCUAUUACUAUGAAUUAUCCAACCAACUUCUUGGAAAAACCUGUAAUCUAUGUACGGACGCAUCUCAAGUACAAUCAUUUUCAUAUUACUCAACCAGUAUAUAACAUGCAUUGCGUUUAACUUCGUAGAUUUUUCUGUUGUUGUUAAUGAUGAGCUAGAGAUUUCUUUUUAAUACAAAUUUUAUUAUUUCAUAAUAGUAAAUGGUUUUCUAGUAUCUUAAAGCCUUAAAAGGUUCAUAUUAGAGUGGAGAGAUUAGGGUUCGAGUACUAUUAUUGCAAUAUCGUUUAUGCUUGGCUUAUAUUGUAAAUGGUGAUAUAGUAUAUAUAGUAUCGCGACUUUGGUAUGAUCUGAAAGCCUCCGAUUAUUAAAAAUGAUAACAAGAUAUUCGUACACCUCAAAAAAAAAAAUAUUCGUACACCUCAGUUUCCGUUGACUUCACCAUCUAUGAAUUUAAAAGGUUAAAUAAAAAUCGAUGUAACUAAGUUUCAAACGAUCGAGGUCUCUCAUCUGAUACCUUAUUAGAUGAUAAAAUGUGAAAUGUAUAAUAUGUUGAUUAGUAUUCAUAUCACUUAUAACUAACUGUACAUUACUUUAAUUUAUACUAGACUUUUUGAUCCGACCUUUUAUUAUAUAAAUGUAUAACUUUUUUUCUACGCUCAAUGAUUAUGCUAUUACAACUAUAAAAAAUAUUACAGAUCUCUUAUAAGUUUUUUCUCUUUUAAUUCGCAUAAUUCCGUUUUCUCCGGGAAUUGAAACCCAGAACUUUUGAUAUUGAAACAUUAAUGAACACUUUGUCAAUCCACUGGACGAAAGGGGCUUCCACUAUAAAUGUAUAACUUUAAUAUAUUAUAAAUUUAUAUUUAUAAAAUAGCAUAUAUUUUUUUAUAAUUUUUUUUAAUUAACAUUAGAUUAUUAAUUACGAAAUUAAUCAAUGCAUUAAUUCAAAACAAUAUUUAAAAUUUUUGUAAGAUUUUGUUUGAUAUUUUCUCAACAGAUUUUGUUAUAAUUAAAAUUUAAAAUUAAAAUUUAAACAAAAUUGUACUUAUCUUUAAAAGAGAAGAUAUAAAUUUAAACUAAACAAAAUUGUAAUAUUAACAUUACCACUCAACCAGUUUAUACAUAAUGUAAGAACAUUUUCAAUUCAUAUGCUAUUUUGGAUCUAAAUGCUAUAUUAUAGAAGAAAUAUAUUCUUAUCCUAGAUGAGAUAGUGUUAUUUUUUCUAUAUUAAAAAGAACAUUGAUAUAUAUAUAGAGCAUUUAAAAUUCAGAUCUAUAUUUUCAUUCAAAAUAAAAAAUCUAAUAAUAUAAACAAAUUUUACUCCAAUAUAUUUUUCUAUAAUAGAUAAAUGUUAUUUAUUAUUAUAUAUAAGAAAUAUUUUUAACUAUACUCACAUGUAUAUAUAUAUAUCUAUUACAAUAAAAUAGAUUUUUCUCCCUUCUCAUUGUGCCACAUCAACAAGUAGCAUAAGACAAAUUUGAACACAUCAUCUAAAUAUAUAUAUAUAUAUAUACAUAUACAUAUAGAAACACUAGAGCAGAUUUAUUUCUGUUUUAGAAAAUCUGAUUUUAAAAGAAAAAAAUAUCAAAACAUAUUGUAAAUAGUCUAAUGAGUUAAAUUUUUUUGGAAACUGUCCAUUAUUAUUCAAUUAACAAAACAAAUACUUUCAUUAAAGCCAUACAAAGUGUUGAUUUUUAACCAAAAAUAAUCAAUAUAAAAAUGCUAAUUAAUUAGUCUUAUAUUCAUUUCUCAUCACGGUCUCAUAUUGUGAAAACUGGCGUUCCCUGCAAUGUAUGUGACGGUCACGUCUCCAGUCUUAAAGCCACGUGUCGGUUACCCACGGUCGUCCGUUCACCAACUUAACUCCUUUCGUCUUCUCUAUAUAUAACCCAACACAUCUUCCUCUUUACUCUUUAAUUCAAUAAAUCUCACCAAAUUUUCUCUCUUAAUAUGGUAAAAGCUAAUGAAACCAGUGGAAGUCAUCACCGGAGACUCACUUUCGCCGACUUCUUAAACUCCGAUCCGGACGCCGGCAAAGAAGAGCAUAACCAUGGUGACCAUCCUAGUAGUAGCAACAACAACAACAAGGAUGUAAAUAGUCACCAACAACGUCAAAGCAAUGCUUCAACCACGAGCGGUGACUCAUCUCCCAACCAAGUUUUAUCACCAUGGAACCAGACUUACUCACCGUACCACACCGACACAACAACGACUCCUACUAUGUCUCCGUCUCCGUGGAACCAGACUUACUCUCCCUACUACAAGUCUCCGUGGAUCUACCAGACACAAAACAUAGAUGAUGUUUCGGACAACGGACUAAUCGGUACGAUCGUGAGACAAGAAGGUCACGUCUACUCGUUGGCUGCUUCUGGGAAUCUUCUAUUCACAGGAUCCGAUUCGAAGAACAUUCGGGUGUGGAAAGAUCUCAAAGACUUCACCGGUUUUAAAUCAACCAGCGGUUUGGUUAAAACGAUAGUGAUAACCGGAGAUAACCGGAUUUUCACCGGUCAUCAAGACGGUAAAAUCCGGGUUUGGAGAGGGUCAAAGAAAGGAUACACCCGAAUCGGAAGCUUACCGACUUUAAAAGAGUUUUUGACUAAGUCGGUGAAUCCAAAGAACUACGUCGAGGUGCGUCGCCGGAGAAACGUUCUGAAUAUACGUCACUACGACGCCGUUUCGUGUCUAAGCUUGAACGAAGAACUCGGUUUACUCUAUUCCGGUUCGUGGGACAAGACUCUCAAAGUCUGGAGACUCUCCGACUCUAAAUGUCUAGAAUCGAUCCAGGCUCACGACGACGCGAUCAACACCGUCGCCGCCGGGUUCGACGGUUUGCUCUUCACCGGAUCCGCCGACGGAGCUUUGAAAGUGUGGAAACGUGAGCUGCAAGGGAAAGGAACGAAGCAUUUUCUUGUUAACGUGUUGAUGAAGCAAGAGAACGCUGUGACUGCGUUGGCGGUUAAUUUAACGGCGUCUGUUGUUUACUGUGGUUCUUCUGAUGGCUCCGUUAAUUUCUGGGAAGGACAGAAGUAUCUUUCUCACGGUGGGACUCUCCGUGGCCACCGUACGGCGGUGCUAUGUCUCGCCGCCGCUGGGAGUCUGGUGCUGAGCGGUGGAGCGGAUAAUAAUAUUUGUGUGUGGAGGAGGAACGGUGAUGGGACGCAUUCGUAUCUCUCGGUGUUGAUGGACCACGUGGGACCUGUUAAGUGUUUGACGGCGGUGGAAGAGACAGAGGACGAAGAUGAUGGAAGAUGGAUAGUGUAUAGUGGAAGCUUGGAUAAAUCGGUGAAGGUGUGGCGCGUGAAGGAGACUGUGUCUCCGGUGAUUGGUUAGAUGCUUCGGGGAGGAGGAGAAAUUACGUGCCGUCCUAGCGCGUGGGGUGUGACUAUGGAAAAAGGGAAUGUUGUUCCGCGAGACAUGUGAUUAUUUGCCUUUGUGGUCAAGACAAGUUUUAUGGCCGGCAAAAAGAAGCAGAUCAUACGACCAAUAAGUGAAAGCCAUGUCAUGAAAGUAUCUAAAAGGUUCGGAAAGUACAUCUAUUUUAUUCAGUGUUCUUUGUAAAUUGUAACUGACAUAUUUGAUUUACGUUUAAAAGAAACAAAAAGGGGAAAUGGUUCGGCUAUGUUCAGAAAAAGGAAAAUUAUUUCAUUGUAUUAAAUCAUUUUUUUAUAUUUUAUAUGAAAUUCGUUCAAAAUGCAG